AUGACAAUAGAACAGCAGCGUCAACCCUUGAAGGUCCUCUCCAGCUCCCGAGUCAAUCAACUGAGCUCUAGAAAUCUGCUGCAUGAGGAAAAGAACGAGAAGCUACAACUGCCCUCCAUAACGUCGAUAAUUGAGGGGAAGCCUACUCUAAUUUCUACCAAAGAUGGAUUAGUACGUUCUUCAGCGAGAAAACACAAGACUUUCCCACUUCCAAUCUCGCCCGUGACGUCUUGCGCUGUGGCGACUGGUUCACCACAAGUGCUCUGUGAGUCACUUCGCCAACAACCCUCUACCGCAGAAUACGAAGAGCUCGCGCGCAGACUCAGGGUACGCCUUCAAUUUGCAUACUACAAGUACAAAACCAACCAAACACAUCUCAAAUUCCGCCAGCUACACCGUAAGGUCUCCAAUACAUCGCGUUCUACCGGCAUAGGCAUUAGCACCAAUAACACAAGUACUAGCGCUAGGAGGCUUGUGGGCUCGAGGGGCCAUUACCGAACCCCCGUUAAGCAUGCGACAUGGCGUUCUCGAGACGCAUCCUCCAACGCGGUGCCCACGCCGCAGCAGAACACACCCAUGUCUGUGAAGGCUGCAAAAUCGCUACUGCAACUUUUCGCAAGCGUACCUUAA